AUGGCGAAUCGUUGGGGCCGAAAUGCACCUUAUGGUGGAGCAGGCGGUGGCGGUAGUGGUUACAUGGGUUCUGGGGUUGUUGGUGUAGGCUUCUAUAUGGGCGGACCUACCCCAAAUGAUCGCAGACCUUAUAACGCUGCCCCGGUUGCUAAGCCUUUUUACGGUGGAUACCGAGAAGAUAACUACAACAGACGGUCAGACCGACGAGAUGAUUUCCGUGGUGGUAAGCGUGGUCAGCCGAAAGGGCGAAGUCCGGAGAAACGUUACCAUGAUACACCACCUAGCCAGCGUAAAGACCACAGAGCUUUCGGGAAGCGCCAGUCGUCAUUUUCACGUUACGAAGUGAAGAUUCCCAAAGGGUUGUUCAACGUGUCUUCAUCGUCCCUACCUGACCUCCGACAUCGAUACCCUCAUCUCAACAUAUCAGGAGACUUUUACGAAUGCACAUCAUUAUGGGUAGAAUCUUUUCCCAUGCACGAACCAUUUCAACUAGGAAGUGGCACAGAUUAUCAUGUUUUCCACCGGGACGUAGAUCCCCCCACACCCCUAGACUCAGCUCUUCUGAACCCUCCUGAUGCAGAUUAUUCUUAUUCAGCCCGAGUUAUGCUGAUGGCUUGCCCACAACUUGGUGAGUUAUAUAAAAAUACUUGUCGUAUGGCGGACGAUGCCAAUGGAGCUGGUAAAGUCCUGCCUGACAAGAGUAUACAUUUCCUGGUUGGCGGUCGUGCAAAAAGUGAAACUAUGGCCCUUGGUGGACCUUGGUCACCAAGCUUAGACGGACCUGAUCCCCAAGGGGACCCAAGGACUCUCAUCAAGACAGCUAUCCGGACGUUCAAAGGCUUGACUGGACUAGACUUAUCUUCUUGCACUGAAUGGGUCAGAUUCAUGGAGCUCAAGUAUUAUCGUAUGCCUGACACAAAAGCUCCAGCUUUUACAGAGGCUGAGGAAGAAAGAGAGAUAACAUCAGAACGCCCUGAAGUCGUGGUGUUCUUUAUACCUAAUGCCGCUCAUUUGAUUCCUUCGGAAGAACAGUGGGCUAAGACCAAGGAGUACUACAACUCCAUACUGCAAAAACAACUAACUGUAGAGAAGGUAGAAGAGGAUAGUAUGAUGGAGCAACAAGAUGGUGACACAAGCGUUGCAGAUGUUAGUGUAGAGGAACCCGAAGAGUCAAGCGCGCGCUCAGACAUGGAGCCAACUCACUACUCUAAACUAGAUGUAAAUACUCUCAAGGAGAUUAAAGCCGAACAGACUCCGAAUAAGAUCUCUUCGCCGUCUGCGACGCAGUCAAAGGAUGAUUCAAAGGACCUAUCUGAAAAAGAUCGCCGGCGUUUGGAACGCCUCUACCGUCUUGGUGAUAAGCCAGCCAUCGUUAUCCAUCCGAACAAGUCAGCUAAGGGGGGUCGUUUCGAUUGUCAUCGUGUUUCUUUGUUCUCUCUACUCGACUAUCAUACUGAAGACCAAAAAGAGCACAAUUUUGAAGUAUCCCUGUUCGCUGAACAGUUCCAUGAAAUGCUCCAACGAGAUGCAGCCUUCACAAUAUUCAAGGCUAUUCACGAUGCACCUGAGAAGGAAAUUAAACCUGAACAAGAUGGAAAACUCGAAAACGGUCUCGAUUCCGACGAACCCGAUUCUAAGCGACGCAGAAAUGACAGUCAGAAUGGUCAUUGCGACGAACAGGACGAGAUUAAAGUUCGUCGCCUCAGGCGUACUGUGAACCCAGCUCUGUUGUUUGCGUUUACUUACUUUGACAUGAGCCGAGCUGGGUAUAUUCGAGAGCAUGAUUUGUGUGAAAUACUCCACCUUCUCGGUCUUCGAUACUCCCGCACCCAGAUGCGUAAACUUGUGGCGAGGGUAGCUACUCGACGUGACCACGUGUCGUACCAUAACUUGACAGAUAGCGAUAUUGUCGAGGGUGAUGAAAAAGACGUCGUUUCCAUGAACUUGAGUGUCAAAGAAGAUAUCGAGGUAACAAGGAUGCUUGCACUCGGUAACCGGGCUCUUUUCGACAUGACAGUUCCACAAACUCCUGCAAGGAUUGUUCUUGGUGGUGGAAAUACAGAACAAAUGUUGAAGCGAGUGGAGUUAGCCGAGGCAGUCAAACAAAAGCUUGAAUUCCAAUUCUUCCAGAUAAAGGAUGAGCUAGAAAAAACACGGGUCAAGGUAAACUCGUUUAAAGAUACUGAGGACGAGUUGAGAGCAGAAAAUCGUGAUUUAGCAUCACGCCUUAAAUCCGAACAAAAGCAACUUCAUGAAUAUAAAAGUCAGGCAAACACCUACAACCACUUAUUGCGCUCAGCAAGAGAUCAAAUGGAUAAAGCCCUUUUCGACAUUAACAAACAGUUUGACAAAGAGAAAGCAAAGCGCGAGGCUGAAAAGGCUGCUGCUGAUGCCGAGAAAGCCAAAGCUGAAGAGGAAGCCAAUAAACUCAAGGAAAAGGAUGACAAAGUUGAGGAUUGUGAAAAGUCCGAAGAAAAGGAGUGGGAAGUUGUUGACGCUGUCUGA